UCAUUUGGGCGGGAAGUAGCAGCAAUCUUUCGCGGCCAUGUCAAGGAUCUGUGUUCUGUAGUUUUGCUAUUACAAUGCAAAAUUCUAAAAACGUCGAAACUUAGGGUUUCGAAGGGAAAGGGGAAAUGGAAAGCUCUACAAACAGUAGAAGAUGCAACAGAGCCAGGGGAGGCUUUGAAGAGAAUAUUUUAGCUAUCCUCGACGCCACCGAUUCCAAACACACUCAAGACGCCAACGACGACAGGAUUGCUUUUAUAGAAGCAGUUCGCGCUGCUUCUGUUGAUCAGGACGAUGGAGCUCCUCCAACCAACAAAAUGUAUGAGGCGGUUUUCCAAAUUAUGAGGGUUGGGAAAUCUCUGGAAUUGAUUAUGGAAAGUUACCUGCUUUUGAAUGAGUUAGAUAAGCGUUUUCCACGAGUUUAUUUGUCAAAUAAAGAUGCAUCAGGCUCAUCUGAACUAGUGGUGGUUGAAGAGGCUUGGUCGCCAUUUGUUUUUAAUUUGGAUAUUACUUAUGGCGAAAAAGAAUCUGCUGUAAAAAGCUAUUGUGGAACAUUGGACUCGUCGGUUUUCCAUCUGUUAAUACAAGAUAUAGCUGAAGUUGUCAAUGAAACAGACCUCCAAAAAAUGCAAAUAAAGUCCCUGGGGAAGAUGUUACUGUUUCAGUAUCUUAUCAAUGUUCUUGAAGGGGAUUUUGUACCACGUAACAAAGCUUAUGAAGAAACCAUGAAUUGGAUGCUUUUAAGAGAGUCCUUGCUUAGCAUGCUUCUGAGUUCAAGAAGAAUAAACUAUAAAGUUCUUGUGAAGGAUUGCUUGUCCAUUAUGUGUGGACUUGGUCAAUUUAAUUCUGAAUUGAGUGAUGAUCUCAAACCUUUUUAUAGUUCUGCGGCAAACUCAUCUCAAAAUGUUAAUCCUGCUAUAGCAAUUGCUUUACCUGAAGUGAGAUGCAGCACUUGUGCUGCUAUGCAGAAGCUUUUGACAGUUAUCAUGGAGCUUGAUAUGUCUAGGAAGAAAGCAGAUGCCCAAGGUUGUACCACCAGAGCUGAUGGUGUGAGGACCCCUCUGUUAGAGAUUAUUCUAGACGAGUUGACUUACGAUAGAGUUAUGCUUUCUCAAUUUCUUGAGAUAUUUAACGAACCAAAAUGGAAGUUGGAAAUCAUUUUGCAGUAUUUUUCAAAAUACAUUGCUAAGCCUUCUGUUCGCACCCGGAGGUUUAAUGGUCCAAUAGAGGAUGAUGGGACGUUAAGUGGGGUUUUAAAGGGCUUUUCAAACAUCACCGGCACCAAGAACAUUACUAAAAGGAUCAGUCAAGAUGCAGUUCAGAUUCUUCUUGCACAUGCUUUUCAGGCUUAUUUAUCAUUACCAUCAUCUCAACAAGAGGCUGAAGGCAUCUCUGAUUCCAAGGAUAAAGUGAGAAGCAACUCUCUUGUGGAAAUAUGCGAGAAUGUAGUCUCUGCAUUUAGCAAUCUGAAAAGAACAGACCACAAGAUGGAGAUUUUGCCUUUCGGAAAAGAAGCUUUGUUUACAGCAGCAAGUAUUCUCUCAACAAAGUCAUAGGAGGUCAUGUCUGAAUGAUGCAGGUACAUGAUAACUUUUACUGCAUAAGUAUGUUUCUCUAAGGCGCUUGUAAAGAAGUUCAUUGUAUGGGAGGAUGAUGUGUCUACUUAGAUUCUUUCCUUCUUAUUCCUUAGUUGAAGCCAAUUGCCAUUGCAUUUUGCACGGAGGCCAUACCUUUGUAACUGAAGGUCAUUGUUUAUGUAGGUCAAUAUUUUUUGGCCCAGGCCUUCAUGUUGAUGUGACUGAUUAAGUGAAACCUUUUUGCCUUGUGAUGCUA